AGCUUCUUCGUCAAUUUCACUCGAGUGAAAUUUCUACACUAGCUAUUGAUUCCGAUAGACUUUCUGAGAUCAAUUCAGGAUCGUCAUGGAGCUCUUCGGUCAGGUUAGUGCUCAGUGGUCAAUGGUCAGAAGCAGGGCCGUCUCCGACACCUCGAACAAGAAGCGGGAACGAGUCCUCGGAGUACUAUACUUUGGAAUGCACGUCUCACGUAUUCUUUAAUGAUUAUUUGGUGUAUAUUUUUCAUCCCGACUCCUUCACUCGAGCACGUCAGGGAGAGUGUGAGAUGGCGAAGCAAGGUCAACUAUGGCAUAACAACUUGACAUCCUUGGCCUUGAAACAAUGGAGGACAAAUUUGGGCAAAACCUAUGAGAAUUAUGAAUAUCAAAGCGAAAACAAAUUUAUUUCACCUGGCUGGAGCGGCCCAAACGACUUCAUUGCCGCAGAAAGAGUCACGCGCAGGGCAGCCUGGAGCAUUUCCAGUCAGCA